GAACAACUUGUCAGAUGAAUACAACAUAUUACAAGGAACAUUUACAUAAGAUGGGGAAGAAGCGGAAAAACAUAAAAAUAUAUAUAAAAGACAACUAAUCAUAUACAUAAACAUAUGAGCCAAUGAUGGUCUGAGUACGUGGUCAUGUGGCUUCAGGCCAAUCACAUUCCCAGACCGGCAGAGAGGUGAGGGGCGUGCCCGGUAAUGGACUUGGUGACACCAUAUUGGGUCCAUAAACAGGAGAAGUGCAUCUGAGAGGCGCUACCCAAGGUUUUUAUAUAUUUGAUGUGGCGUUCUUUAAAAACACUUCCUGUCUGGCCGACGUUGGGCCAGAAAUCAGAAGAACCAAUUUUAGCUGCAGAUUGUUUUCAGUUUUCUCCGCAGCGUCAUCUUCAGCUUCCAGCCGCCGUCGGCGAUGCUCCUGACAUAACGUGGAGUCUCUGAUUGGAUGUUUCUCGCUGAAAUGCACCUCAGGACUCUUAAUUAACGUCUACGUCUUAAAGGUUUUACGUCCACAGGCUUCUUGUAGCUUUGACUUUUUAUCAAAGAACCAGAUGUUUUCUAGCAUCUUUUGUUCUGAUGAUUCAACAGACUCCAGCUGUGAGUCACACAACACUGUCUGCAGCCAAAGUGUCGGACGCGUUAACGUGUCGACCUGAUGGUGGCGCUAGAUGGAAAGUCAGAGGAUCAGCAGAGUUAUUACAGUUCAUCCUGAGGGGAGCAUGAACGAUGAAGCACGCUGCUGAGAUGUUUCAGUCUGGGUCAGAGUGUUGGAGCGACAGGCAGGCGUUAGCAUCCUGCUGCUAGCAUGGCUGCAGAAAACAGUUCUCAGCUGUGCACAGUGAGGGAGUCUAACCUCUGCUGAUAAACCCAUUUGUUUUGUUGCCUUCAUGGUUGUGCAGAAUGAUAAAGCCUGUUCUGGGUGGACCAGCGUCUCACAGUCCCGAGCAGGUAAACACCUCAUACCUGCAGAGGGAGUGGUUUGGGAGUGGACUCAUUACCUGGUGCAACAGUUUAUGCUCAGACAGGUCUGAGAUAUGCUGCUUCCCACAGUCAGAUGAUCUAAUGCAGCUCACUUACGUCUUCUUCUUCAUCUGAGGAUCCGCUGAUUCCCCCGAGAGGAUGACGAGUGAUUAUUACCCUUAUUCCAAGUACACCCGGGUCUGGAUCCCCGACCCCGAGGAUGUGUGGAAGGCUGCGGAGAUCGUCAGAGACUACAAGGAAGGAGACCCGGUCCUUCACCUCCAACUGGAGGACGAGACGCCUCUGGAGUAUCCUGUGGGUCCAAAGAGCAAUGCUCUUCCUUUCCUGCGUAACCCCGACAUCCUGGUCGGGGAGAAUGACCUCACUGCUCUCAGUUACCUGCAUGAACCUGCAGUCCUGCACAACCUCAAAGUCCGCUUCCUGGAGUCCAACCACAUCUACACGUACUGCGGGAUUGUGCUGGUGGCCAUCAACCCGUAUGACCAGCUGCAGAUCUACGGAGAGGAGGUCAUCACCGCCUACAGCGGGCAGAACAUGGGGGACAUGGACCCUCAUAUAUUUGCUGUGGCUGAAGAGGCGUACAAGCAGAUGGCCAGAGAUGAGAGGAAUCAGUCCAUCAUAGUGAGCGGAGAAUCCGGAGCUGGAAAGACGGUUUCUGCAAAGUACGCCAUGCGUUUCUUCGCCACAGUGGGCGGCUCAGCUAAUGACACGAAUGUGGAGGAGAAAGUGCUCGCCUCCAGUCCCAUCAUGGAGGCUAUUGGAAAUGCAAAAACCACUCGAAACGACAACAGCAGUCGGUUUGGAAAGUACAUUCAGAUCGGUUUCAGCCGGCGUUACCACAUCAUCGGUGCCAACAUGCGAACAUACCUGCUGGAGAAGUCUCGCGUUGUUUUUCAGGCUGAGGAUGAGAGGAAUUAUCACAUAUUCUACCAGCUGUGUGCCUCGGCCAGUUUACCAGAGUUCAAAGACCUCGGCCUCACCAGCGCAGAAGAUUUCACCUUCACGUCUUUAGGGGAGAACAUCUUCAUCGAGGGAGUGAACGAUGCUGAAGACUUUAAAAAGACCAGAGAGGCCUUCACACUGCUGGGUAUAAAGGACAGCAGUCAGAGCAGCAUUUUCAAAGUUGUUGCCUCCAUCCUUCAUCUGGGCAACAUCGAGAUCUGCUCCGAGCGAGACGGAGAGUCCUGUCACAUCGCAAGGGACGACCUCCACCUGCAACACUUCUGCAGGCUGCUGGGGGUGGAGCUGCAGCAGAUGGAGCACUGGCUCUGUCACAGGAAGUUGGUCACUGCGUCCGAGACGUACGUGAAGAACAUGUCCAGCAAACAGGCGACCAACGCCCGCGAUGCGCUCGCCAAACACAUCUACGGCAUGUUUGACUGGAUCGUGGAGCACAUUAACAAGGCCCUGCACACCACCUCCAAACAGCACUCCUUCAUCGGAGUCCUGGACAUCUACGGGUUUGAGACGUUUGAGGUGAACAGUUUUGAGCAGUUCUGCAUCAACUACGCCAACGAGAAACUUCAGCAGCAGUUCAACUCUCAUGUGUUUAAGUUGGAGCAGGAGGAGUACAUGAAGGAGCAGAUCCCCUGGACUCUGAUAGACUUCUAUGAUAACCAGCCCUGCAUCGACCUGAUCGAGGCUCGACUCGGCAUCCUGGACCUGCUGGAUGAAGAGUGUAAAGUGCCAAAGGGAACGGAUCAGAACUGGGCCCAGAAGCUCUACAAACAGAACUCCAGCAGCGCUCACUUUCAGAAGCCUCGCAUGUCCAACACCUCCUUCAUCAUCAUACACUUCGCCGAUAAGGUGGAAUAUCAGUGUGAAGGCUUUCUGGAGAAGAACAGAGACACCGUCUACGAGGAGCAGAUCAACAUCCUGAAAGCCAGUCAGUUUCAGCUGGUAGCAGAUCUGUUCAACGAGAAAGAAGAUGUCGCCUCCUCCAAGUCCUCCAGAGUGAACGUCCGAGCAGCGAGGUCGACUCCCAAAGCUCCCAACAAGGAGCACAGGAAGACCGUGGGCCAUCAGUUCCGCAGGUCUCUUCAGCUUCUCAUGGAGACUCUGAACGCUACGACUCCUCAUUAUGUUCGCUGCAUCAAACCCAACGAUGCCAAAGAGGCCUUCUCGUUCGACUCGAGGCGAGCGGUGCAGCAGCUCCGAGCCUGUGGAGUUCUGGAGACGAUCCGGAUCAGUGCAGCCGGAUACCCGUCCAGGUGGACGUACCCAGAUUUCUUCAGCAGGUAUCGCGUGUUGCUGAAGAAGUCCGACAUGAUGUCAGCAGACAAGAAGCUGGUGUGUAAAAACCUGCUGGAGACUCUGAUCAAGGAUGCGGACAUGUUCCAGUUCGGAAAGACAAAGAUCUUCUUCCGGGCGGGUCAGGUAGCGUACCUGGAGAAGCUCAGGGCGGACAAGUUCCGCUCGGCCUGUAUCAAGAUCCAGAAGACGGUUCGAGGCUGGCUGCAGAGAGUUCGAUACCGCAAGAUCCGCAGGUCUGCCAUCACGCUGCAGAGAUACGGCCGAGGAUACCUGGCCCGCAGAUAUGCCGACGUCCUGCGUCGGACUCGGGCUGCCCUCGUCUGUCAGAAGCAGUAUCGUAUGGUGAGAGAGCGACGGGCCUAUCGGAGGGUGAGACAGGCUGUCGUCACCAUCCAGGCCUUCGCCAGAGGGAUGUUCACCCGCAAGGUUUACUGGGAGUUCCUCCUGCACCACAAGGCCAUGAUCAUCCAGAAGAGCGUCCGCGGCUGGCUGCAGAGGAGGAAGUUCAGACGAGCGCGCGACGCCGCCAUCACCAUCCAGUGUGCGUUCAGACGCACGCGCGCUAAACGGCAGCUGCAGCAGCUGAAGAUCGAAGCGCGCUCCGCUGAACAUCUGAAGAAGCUCAACAGCGGCAUGGAGAACAAGAUCGUCCAGCUGCAGAGGAAGAUGGACGAUCAGUCCAAAGAGUACAGGACUCAGAAUGAGCAGCUGCUGCUGGUGAACACCAGCCUGGGCUCGGAGGUGAGCAAGCUGCAGAAGCAGCUGGAGCAGGUCCGGAGUCAGCAGGGUGAAGGAGGUCAGCUGACGUCUCUGCAGGAGGAGCUGGAGAGGCUGAGAGAGGAGCUGCAGGAGGCGUCGGCCCAGAGGAAGAGGCUGGAGGAGGAGCACAGCAGCGAGAAAGAGGGGCUCCAACAGAGGGUGGAGGAGCUGGAGAGAGAAAACUCUCUGCUGAAGAGUGAGAAGGAAGAGAUGAACCAGAGGAUUCUGCAGCACUCAAAGAGCAUUGAAGAGGAUGACAGCAGUGUGUCCCAGAGGACGUCGUCUCUGCAGACUGAGCUGGAUGAAGAGAGGCAGCGCUACCAGAAUCUGCUCAAAGAGUUUUCCAGACUGGAGCAGAGAUACGACAACCUGAAGGAGGAGGUGUCCCUGGCCAAGUUCCACCCCGGCCACAGGAGGAACCCGUCCAAUCAGAGCAGCCUGGAGUCGGACUCUAACUACCCAUCCAUCUCCACCUCAGAGGUCGGAGACACUGAGGACUCCAUUCAGCUGGUGGAGGAGGUGGGAGUGGAGAAGGCUGCGAUGGACAUCAGUCUGUUCAUGAAGCUGCAGAAGAGAGUCAGAGAGCUGGAGCAGGAGAGGAAGAGGCUGCAGGCCAACUUGGACAAGAUGGAGGAGCUCGCCAAGCACAAGGGCUCUGAGUCGAGGAGUCCCACCUCUGAGCAGGAGACGGCAGAUCUGGCCUACAACAACCUCAAGAGACAGGAGCUGGAGUCAGAGAACAAGAAACUGAAGAAUGAUCUGAACGAGCUGAGGAAGACCGUCGCUGAGCGUGCAUCUCAGAACAAUUCCUCCAGUGAACUGCAGGACAGCUACAACCUGCUGCUCAGUCAGCUUAAAGCAGCCAAUGAGGAGCUGGAUGCCCGCAAGGAGGAAGUCCUAAUUCUGAGGACUCAGAUACUCAGCACUGCCCAGCUACGGGAGAAGAACGAUCAUAUUCAGGAAAGUAAUAAUGUUCCUGAACUGAGCAACAGCAAAGAGCCCAUGGACAAAGAGGAGGCUCUCAAAGCUUAUCACGGACUGUGUGAGUCCAAAAAUACGCAACAGGACUGGUGUUAUUUGAAUGAAGAUGGAGAGCUGGGUUUGGCUUACCAGGGCCUAAAACAAGUGGCCAGGCUGCUGGAGGCCCAGCUGCAGUCUCAGUCCAGGCAGCACAAAGACGAACUGGAAGCUCUUCACACUCAGAUCGAGCUGCUGAAAGACGACAUCGAGAAGAAGCAGGAGAUCCUCAGCUACACCGCGUCCCUGUCGCCGGAGGCUCAGGUGGAGUACAGCGUCCAGCAGGAGAUCACGCGGCUCACCAACGACAACCUGGACCUCAAGGAGCUGGUGGAGAAACUGGAGAAGAACGAGAGGAAGCUGAAGAAGCAGCUCAGGAUCUACAUGAAGAAAGUCCAGGAGUUAGAAGUUUCGCAGGUGGAUGCAGCCCAGACCAGCAGGUCCAGACCUGAACUGAGCCGCCAGGUGACCGUCCAGAGGAAAGAGAAGGACUUCGAGGGGAUGUUGGAGUACUACAAGGAGGACGAGGCCCUGCUGCUCAAAACUCUGAUUGCUGACAUCAGGCCCAGCACAGUGUCUGCUACGGUUCCCUGUCUGCCCGCAUAUAUCCUCUUCAUGUGCAUCCGCCACGCUGACUACAUCAACGACGACCAGAAGGUGGAGUCUCUGCUCACCUCCACCAUCAACGCCAUCAAGAAGGUCCUCAAGAAAAACAACGAGGACUUUGAGAUGACGUCCUUCUGGCUGGCCAACACCAGCCGCCUGCUGCACUGCCUGAAGCAGUACAGCGGAGAUGAGGUGUUUAUGACGCAGAACUCGGCCAAACAGAACGAACACUGUCUGAAGAACUUUGACCUGGCAGAGUACCGGCAGGUGCUGAGUGACCUCUCCAUCCAGAUCUACCAGCAGCUCAUUAAGGUGGCAGAAGGCAUCAUACAGCCCAUGAUCGUGUCGGCCAUGUUGGAGAGCGAGAGCAUCCCCAGCCUGGCGGGGGUCAAGCCGAUGGGCUACAGGAACCGUUCAUCCAGCAUGGACACGGACGCCGGCGGCCCCAGCAGCUACACUCUGGAGGCCCUGAUCAGACAGCUGGGACAGUUUCACAGCAUCAUGCGGGACCACGGUCUGGACCCCGAGAUCGUGGGUCAGGUGGUCCGACAGCUCUUCCACUGCAUCAACGCCGUCACCCUCAACAACCUGCUGCUGCGCAAAGACGUGUGCUCCUGGAGCACCGGCAUGCAGCUCAGGUACAACACCAGCCAGAUGGAGGAGUGGCUGAGAGGAAACAACUUGUACCAGAGUAAAGCCGCGGCCACGCUGGAGCCCAUCAUCCAGGCCGCUCAGCUGCUGCAGGUCAAGAAGAAGACGAGCCAGGACGCCGAGGCCAUCUGCUCGCUCUGCAGCGCCCUGUCCACGCAGCAGAUCGUGAAAAUCCUGAACCUCUACACGCCGCUGAACGAGUUUGAAGAACGAGUGACUGUGUCCUUCAUUAGAAACAUCCAGAAUCGUCUCCAGGGGAGCAACGAUCCUCCUCAGCUUCUGGUGGACACCAAGCAAACGUUCCCCGUCCUCUUCCCGUACACCCCCUCUGCUCUCAGCCUGGAGACGCUGCACAUCCCCGCCUCCCUCGGCCUCGACUUCCUCAUCAGAGUCUGAGGAAGGCUCCCGGCAGACCUGCUUCUAAUCCAGGACGAGCCGCUUAGUAAACUGCCACUUUAACAACAGUCUGAUCAAACAUGUCCACCUUCCUGCUAGCAAAGAGCGUUUUCUGAGAAUCCUAAGUGUGACGACUCACACUGACCUCAGUUCAUCCUCCAUGUGCCUCAAAUAUCCAAAAACCCAGCAGAGAACAAACCGGCAGGAUCCGAUCCGGUCUGUCUUGUCCGUCCUCCUCUUCUUCUGUUACACACUUUGAGAGCUGCUGUGUGUUCAGUAAAUGUGACGUUACAGGAAGUCUGGACAGAGAGCGGAGAGAGGCAGGUGAAAGUGUCCUGCAGGAUGAAGAAGGUCAGUGAGAAGAUUCAGGAGAGGUCGGGGAGGUCGGGGAGGACGGGGAGGUUGGGGAGGACAGGGAGGUCGGGGAGGACGAGUCUCAAAGACGAGUUUCAUAUAAAUAAAAACAAGAUCUUUACAUCUGUCUGACGUGUGAACAUCUUCUGGUGUUCUCACGUGUGUUUACUGUCUCUUCAUAAAGAUGUUUCAGUUGCAGUACCGCGAGUGGCCACUGGGAGAGUGGUAUAAUCCCACAAUGCAAUGCGCUGCAUUUUACAAACGUGAAAAUGACGUCUGUGUGGCUCUGCAGCCGUUAGUGAAGCGAAAUGAUGAUGAUCAGUAAGAAAUGUCCGUUUACCUCCGCGGAGUGUUCAUUAGGAAGGGAGGAGUCAGUGAGUGAUGUCACACAGCUAACGUUAGCAACCUAGCUAGCUAACAUUUAGGUAAAUGGACCAUGGAUCUCUCAGCGUUUCCUGACUGAGAAAGCGGCCGCACUGACGCUGAUCCGGUCAUUUGGUUCAGCGUUUCACAUUUCUUCUGCUUGGAUCAGAAAACACAUUUGUGAACUUUUAUUCACACAUUGCCAGAAAGGAGACUCAUUUCUCUCCAUAAGGAAGAUGUCUGUCAGUGCGAAGGGGCAGUUAUCACCAUCAUCAUCAUCGUCAUCAUUAAAGGUCGGGGGGGGGCCACAACCCGCCACUCUGCCAGUCCUGCACAGUUUAAACGAAUCAAAGGUACUGUUUGUCUCUUCUUAUUCAGCCUUUUUGUGUUCGGAGAGCUCCGGCCUCUGUGAUCCGCUGCUCUCAUGUUUGAUUAUUCUGAUCUGUUGUCUUUGUUCUUUUUAUAUUUCUGUGUAAAAUCCUUUUGCUGUCACUUUUUCUAUUCUUCCGGCUCAUUUUGAGCAUUUCUUGUGUGGUUUGUACAAUUAGUUGUGACGCUGAUUAAUAACUAAAAUACUAAAUACACAAACAGUCUGACAGGUUUCCUCUGCUGCACCCUGAUGCUGACUACAGAUAGCUGCCAUGAACAUAUCUGAAUAUAUACACACACACACAUAUAUAUACACACUGGCUUGAAGUGAUUCCUGGUGAGAGCUGAUGUGCCAUUAUGGGAUGAUGGAAGCUUUAAGUCUUAGCCUGAAUAAUCAUUUGCACUUGUAGAACACUAAUUAUUAACAUGCUAUCUUUAGAGUACCAACUGUACCCUUUUUAUGAAGUAUAAUUGUAAUAAAGAUGAAGAAGUACUCGAGUUUGACUCUGAAGAACUUCACUGCAAAAUGUUUUAUCUUUGGUGUGAACAAUGUUGGAAGUUGAAUACAUUCGUGAUACAAACAGCUACACUGAAAUAUAGAUUUUCACAGGGUCACUGCAGGAGCUCUCUGGAUGUAAGUGCACUUUGAUGGCGGCUUCCUCCAGUCUCUCAUUUUGCAGUGAAGUUGUUCACUUGGAAACGUCGGUGGAAGUGUUUUCUCUGUCUGAAUCUCACUGAAUGAAGCCCAAAGUAACUUCCUGUAUUUUAAAGAAUAUAUUUUGGAAAUGAAGUAACUGUGACUCACAAAUACAAAUGUUUUGUUUGUAAAAUUCUUCAGUUUCCAAAUGAAAUGUAGAACUGAUUUGCUUCUAAUGUUGUCAGUUCAACUCUGUAAUAGUACUUUUUUUAAUUAUGAGCCUCCAUCAAACAGUUAAUAUGUCCUUUUCCACCUGCAGAGAUCUGUCUUCAUUAAAGAUUUUAUUUAACAUCU